UUCUUUCGCUUAAUUGAUAUCCCUUUCCACUGUAUAAACAGCCCUCACAACUCUUCUCCUUUCGCUUCAAAUAUCUUUCUUCACCAUUCAGAAUAAAAAUUUGGUUAUAUCCCUCUAGAAAUCAACCUUGUAGAGAGAAACAAGCAGAGAAUUUUUGAGAAGAAGAUACUAUUAUAUAACAAAAUGGGUAUAUCAGCUUGUUUCCCGGCUUUAGCAAUGAUUUUGGUUCAAUUGGGUUACGCCGUUUCGUACAUUUUUGCAAAGCUAGCUCUUAAUACUGGAAUGAACCCGUUAGUUCUCAUCGCGUAUCGUCAGAUCUUCUCUACUGUCAUGAUAGCUCCGUUAGCUAUGUGGUUUGAAUGGGGUAAAAUGCCGAAGCUCACUAAGAAAAUGUUCUGGCAGCUAGUCUUGUGCUCGUUAAUCGGGGCUACAGCGAGCCAGUGUUUUUAUUACGUUGGUCUCAAAUAUUCGACAGCCACCAUCGCAUGUGCUUUGGAAAAUCUUAUACCAGCUAUUACUUUCUUGAUGGCAAUACCAUUCAAGAUGGAGAAGAUCGGCGUCAAGAAACUUCAAGGACAGGCUAAGAUAUUGGGUACAAUUAUAUGCGUAGGAGGAGCUAUGCUGAUGACUUUCUAUAAAGGGAGUUUGAUCAACAUCGGUACAUCAAGUCUGCACUGGAGGUAUGCUGAGAAAAUGGCAGUCGAUAAGUCUGGUGGUGAUUCAAGCAGUUUACUGGAUCCUCUAUUUGUUGCCCUUAGUUGUGCCGCGUCGGCAUCCUGGUUCAUAAUCCAAACAAAAAUGAACAACCAGUUUGUAGCACCAUAUUCAUCUUCAGCAAUAAUGUGUGGCAUGGCUAGCGUUCAGUGCGUGAUCAUUGCUCUGUCUCAAGAACACACUCUGGAAGCUUGGUCACUUGUUUCUAAAAUCAGACUCAUCGCUUCUUUAUGUAGUGCUGCCCUUGGUUCAGCUCUGGCGCUCGUUGCCAUGUCAUGGUGUAUUUCGAAACGUGGUCCUCUUUAUGUGUCAAUGUUUAGCCCAUUGUUACUGGUCAUCGCUGCAGUACUUGGAUGGGGUAUGUUAGAUGAGAAACUAUAUGUUGGAAGCGCCGUCGGAUCAGCUUUGAUAGUGAUUGGGCUAUAUGCUGUAUUAUGGGGUAAAGGGAAAGAGAUGCAGCAGAGUCCAAAAGGGAAGACGCUUGAAUCACCAAAUGCAGUCGGUGGAGAUAAUAAUGCGGAGGAGGCUGGUGGUGUUGAUAUUGAAUCACGAAAUUAAGAUGCUAAACCUAAUUGAUGGACAUAUUAAUAGCACUAGUAGUACUUUUUAAUUAACUAAUCAUGACUCAUGAGUAGAGAAAGAGAGAUACAGUGUAAUAACACUAAUACUCAUUAAUGUAGACCUUCUGUUUCAGAUCCAAUUAAUGUGGAAAGUAU